GAUUUCCUGUGGAAGAGGUGUGGUUUUUUUCUCUCUUAGUCAAAGUGGAACAUCUUGUGGCCCCUUGACCCAAGCCACACUCUCCCAUUCCUCUCAUAAGUUGAGUGCUGAGGUGAUACCUGCAUUAAUACGAUUGUGUUCACAUCACCAUCAUCACCAUCAUCACCAUCAACACCAUGUCCUCUCGUUUUCUCCUGCUGGUUCUGCUGGUUCUCUUCUACCUUCAGUUCUUCACAACUGCCCAGAAGUCAAAGGGACCAGAUAAAUGCUGUUACAAAUACCAGCCACAUCCAAUCCCUGUAAGACUCAUUACAGGGUAUAAAGAAACAGACCAGCGUUGUACAAAAUCUGGAGUCAUUUUCACGCUAAAGAGCGGUCGCCAUAUGUGUGCAGAUCCCAGAGUUGAGUGGGUGCAGAACAUCAUGAAAACAAUUGACAAGGGCUCGUUUAGAAGCCGGGUCCAACCUGAAGAGCCUGACAACCCAGUUCCUCCUCCCUCAACCAGGAGAAACAAGCCUGACAACCCAGUUCCUCCUCCUUCAACCAGGAGAAACAAGCCUGACAACCCAGUUCCUCCUCCUGUACUCAGUAGAAACAAGCCUGUUACUAUUACCGAGCCAGUUUCUACUGCCUCAACCAAUAUAGAACAGCCUGACAACCCAGUUCCUUCUCCCUCAACCAGUAGAAACAAGCCUGACAAUCCAGUUUCUACUGCCUCAACCAAUACAGAACAGCCUGUUACUACUACCGAGCCAGUUUCUACUGCCUUAUCCAAUACAGAACAGUCUGACAAGACACAUUCUCCUGCCUCAUCAAAUAUUGUACGUAAUUGAAUUAAUCAUACAGUGCAGACAGUUUCUGUUUGCAUUUUAG